CUCGUGACAGAUAUAACAACCUGUGAACUGGCAGUUGAGAUUAUACGUCUUGGUAAACCUCGAUAAUCCGAGCUCCAUCUCUUCACCACUUCUAUGUCGAAUCCUUAUCUCUAUUCUACCCUUAUAGGGGAUGCUUCAUUUCGAACUAUCGAAGUACUCCCAGGCCAAAAGGCUGACCCCAUGAGGUGUCAUAUUCUUUGCCAUUCGUCCCCUUCCGCCACCACGUAUGAGGCUUUAUCUUACGCAUGGGGUAAUCCGAUCUUGAGUCAUUCAAUUUUCAUUGAGGACAAGGAGUUGAAAACCACAACAAAUCUCCAUUCGGCAUUUGUGCGACUACGUGAUAAGAAAGAAUCACGUAUACUCUGGGCUGAUGCGGUAUGCAUUAAUCAAGGAGACGCAAAUGAGAAACCCGGUCAAAUUCGACUUAUGCGACAAAUCUAUCACAAGGCUCAGCGUGUUAUAGCCUAUCUCGGAGAGGCCGCUGAUAAUAGCCAGGAAAUCUAUGAUCUUAUGGGCCCUAUUACUCUCAUUGCAUUUAAUCGCCAGCAUCGACUUUGUGAAGAGGAAUACGAAGAAAGCGGACUCCCACCUCGAUCACAUUCUACUUGGCGCGCUUUUCAUCAACUCUUUCGCCGCGCAUGGUUCACCAGGUACUGGGUGAUACAAGAAAUCAUUUUGGGGCGAGAAGUUGACCUUAUUUGUGGCGAAUGGGUCCUACCAUUUAAAUUGUUUACUCGUUAUAUCAUUAGAGGUGCAAUUUUAGAAUUGCCCUUUACAGAUACACGAGCGAACAAUGAACAGGUUGGAAUGGCCCAACUUAUGCGCAUCUCUCAGCUGCUAGACAGCGGGUCAAACUCUUGGAAGCUGAUCCACCUCUUACGUCUAUUUCGUCUUGCUCGAGCUUCAAACGACCACGACUACAUAUACGCGAUCUUGGGUAUUGCGGCGGAAGCGAAUGACUCCGCAUUGACGAUAGACUAUACGGAGUCCGCAGAAGAUACCUUUCUCCGAUUUGCAAAAUACUUUGUAACUCAAGGAGAUGGUGUACAGCUUUUGUAUAGUUCUCAUCUGAAAUCUGCAGCUUCGACGCUACCUUCGUGGGUUCCAAACUGGGCAACAAAAGAUCUGAUACUCUCCAGCAUUGCUCCGGACCCUAUAUGGGAUCGUGUUUCUCAGUUUUCCGCUGGAGGUGAAUCACAAGCGUCGAUAAGUCUGAAACCAAGUUCGAAUGAUCUGAUUGUAAGGGGUAUUAUCUUCGAUCGUCUCUUUAAAAUCGGCAAAAUACAUGAAAAAGAUCCGAAUGAUCAAUCAUUAGGAAGUAGAAUGUGUGAGGUCCAGUAUUGUAUGGAAGAGCUCCACGAUCUUUUUGCCACAUUUCUGCGCUAUCCCAGUGGAGGAGAUCCUGGGGAUGCUAAAUGGAGGACACUCAUGUGCAAUACGUCUACAGGAACCUUUGGACAGCUAAAACCGCCGCGAGAAUAUGCUCAGGGGUUCAAGGCCUUGGAAAUACUUGUUGAUGGUCUAAGAAACGGGAAAUCUCUAGUACUGGAGGAGGCAGACUUAUAUUUCCAGCAAGCAAAACGGCCUGUAGGAGAAUCACUGGAGUGGUGCUAUUCCAAAAGGCGCGCUGUAACAGUGAAAGGAUAUUUAGCCAAGUUCCGCUUUUCGCGCAGGCCGGGGAUGUUGUUGUUAUCAUCUUCGGCGCGGUUAUUCCAUUCAUACUACGACUGGUAUUGAGUGGAUACAAAAUUGUUGGCGAAUGCUAUGUCUACGGGAUAAUGGACGGAGAGGUAUUACGUAUGAAGGAUAUGAAGGAUGAAGACAUUAUGAUACAUUGAGAAGAAUCUUUAAAGCAGAAUCUUUGAAAUUUGGCACUAUGAACUGCG